AUGGGAAAGUACAAGAUGAGCAUGUCCAAGCAGGACAUGAUGGGAGAGGGUACCUCGAGCAUCUGUAGAAAAGGCGUGUGCAUGGAGACCGGCACCGAAGUGGCCAUCAAAGUCUACAAGGCUUUGAAAGAGACCCACAAGGGCGAGGACGUGCGGCUCCAGAAGUUCCGCAGGCAGAUAAGCGUCCUGAAGAUGCUGCAGGAGCCUUUUGGAACAGUGUCCGACGAGACGCUCUGGCACCCGCAGCUGGCAGCGACGAAGCCCUCGAAGCUCUUCAUGUCCUUGUUGGACUACAGCAAGGACAAGAGUGGCACUCCAGCUCCGGAUCCUACGGACGGCGUGAUGUACGUCAUCACCGAGUUGGCUCAGUACAGCCUGAAAGACUACCUGGCGCUGCGGCGGGAUCAGGGGAAGAGCCUCUCGCGGGGAGCAGUGAAGAACAUCAGCAAGGCCAUCAUCCUCGUCGUGGCGGGUCUGCACGCCAAAGGGCUGGUGCACUUGGACCUGAAGCCAGAGAACCUGAUGAUGUUCAAUGGUCGGCUGAAGCUGAUCGACGUGGACGGCUGCGUGCCCUGCGGCAGCGAGGUCUCGAUCCAGGACUCCUCCAUCUCCUUCUCCCCGUGCUACUGCGCGCCCGAGUGGGCGCGGUUCCUCAUUGAGGAGACCGAGUCGAAGAUCACCGUGCGCCCGCAUCUAGAUGUCUGGAGCGUCGGAAUGACCAUCUGCGAGUUGGCAACUCUGGAUGCCGUGCUGAAGCCCAUGUACGCCAACUUCCUGCGCAAUGGCCACUCCCACCGAGAGGCCGGCUUCCUCUUCAUGGAUUGGCUUGGCAGCAUUGCCAAGGCACCAAUCCCGAAGAGCAUCGAACGGUUCGACCCGACCUUUCACCAGAUGCUUAUUGGGUCCCUCCUUGUGUGUGACCACACCAAGAGGAAGACCUUGGCCCAGUGCCUCUCAGAUUCUUACCUGGAGUCGGACAAGGAGAAGGUUGCCAACCACACCUCCGCCGUGGAGCACAGCCAUUCGGAGGCCCCACCCUUGCCGGUGCACGAGAAGGUGGACCGCACCACGAGAAACCGGAUCGAGGACACCUCCAGCAAGGCGCCGCUCUACAAGGGUACCUUGUGGAAGCUCAACACGGACGGGAACCCCCAGGAUCCGACGCAUUGGCUGAAGCGGGACAUGUGGGUGGCCUUCAACGGCUCUUUGUGCUAUUUCAGCAUCAAAGAGAACAAGCGCUUGGUCCUCGUGGAUGGCUCGAAGCUCACGGGCGCCAAGGUGACCCCGCUGGUGGGCGCCGCGCGUGAGUACGCCUUCAGGUUGCAGUGCUACAACCACGACGAGCAUGAGAAGGAUGUGAACAUCGGCUUUUCGGCCGAGUCGCCCGAAGAGUACACGAAGUGGACGGGGCUCCUCAUGCACACCGCCAACAUGGACGGUGCCAUCCAGACGAUGCGGCUGGGUGGGGACGUGGCCGCCGAAAUCAAGCAAUUCAGGCUGAAUGUGAAGAAUCGCCGCAUGAAGGUUGGCGAGGACAAGAAAGAUCAGUUCGCUCCGGUCUUCAAGGCCAAGCUUUGGAAGGUCAAGGCAGAUGGCGACCGACGGAAACAGGAAGACUGGUUCGAGCGCGAGAUGUGGAUCGCCAAGAACGGUAGCCUCGUCUAUUGGAGCAAGAAGGAGGACCGUGACCUGGUCUACUACACCUCUGAUGACAUUGCCCGCGCGACGAUCACGUUGAUCCCCAACGAUGACAGCUUCAUCCCUUGGGCUUUCCAGGUCCACCUACCCCCGAUUGGAGAGGUGGAGUUCACGCCCGGGGAGUUUGCUGCCGAGUCCGAGGCGAUGAGAGAUUGUUGGAUCGAGGAGCUGAAGGAGCGCGUCGCGGAGCCGCGGUGA